CAGAGCGUGAGAAUGUUGCAGGUGUACGAUAAAACGAUUUUGUCUCAUUAUUAAAAAUAAAAAUUGUCUUCGAAAAAUUCUAAGGCUUCACCAGCGCCAGAAAUGGUUAAGAAAAUAUUAUUUUUGCUGUGGCUGGUAUGUGUAGCAGCAGAACCGAGUUGUCCUCCGAAAGAAAACAUAGCUCCAUCAUGCACAUGCAGAGUUUCUGACACUUUCUCUGUAAUGACAUGCAACAACAUAAUGAGUACGGAUCUGUUAAUUCCACCCAUCAGAGCUACGGAGGGUUAUAAGCUAUACACAAUCGUCAUAGAAGAUUCUUCUCUUUUAUACAUUCCAAGCGAUAUAUUCAAGAAUACACACGUAGGAAAGGUUUAUUUUAGAAACUCUCAAGUGAUGGCUCUGUCAGACUCAGACUUGGCUUUUGAAGGACUUGAGAACUCUUUGGAAGAGAUUAUAGCGACGAGCACUCAGUAUGUUACAACUUGGGACUGGUCUCAACUGCGCAAUCUCAAGAAAUUGUGGGCUAUAAAAGUCGACAAUAUUGGCAUGCAUACCGUGGACAAGGAAUUCCCUCAUCUCCAGUACAUGUCACUCUUAGAAAUUAGAAGGGCGAAAAUAUCCUUCCUCCAUCCAGAUGCUUUCAGUGGAUUGCCAAAUCUAGCUGUGCUCAUUUUAAAGCAAAAUGAAAUAAGCAAAUUUAAAAGAAGCAUGUUGCCUGAUCCAGCUAAUAAACUACAUCACUUGGAUCUGAGUCACAACUUAUUGGAGACUUUACCUGAAAAUAUGUUUAAGAACAUGCCGAAUUUAGGAGAAAUCUAUUUGAGUCAUAAUAAACUUUUGACACUCAAUGAAGAGACUUUUUCGCCGGUCAUUAAAAAACUGCAAUUAUUGAUGUUAACUGGUAAUGCUUUGCAAUGUGAUUGCCGAAUGAGAUGGAUUGUGGGUUAUUUUACUCAUUUGCAUUUAGAAGGCGAAUGCGAGCAACCUCCCCCUAUGAGAGGAAGGACACUUAGAUACCUAAAACAUAUCGAUUUCUAUUGUUAAAUAAAAGUUUUAUUGUAAUGUUAGCUCUUCAUUUAAACACGAAAUACUUAAAUAGAAUAAAAAUAUGAUCUGAUUAACAAAUUGAAAA